AUGGAAGAUUCUCCAAGUACAGUUGGCACUAUCGACGAGGAAAAACUCGAUAUCCAUAAUAUCUACGCAUUUGAAUCCGGUUUGAUGGGGCUCCCCCCGCCCCCUCCCAUCUUCAACAACCGGCAGAACCUGAUACACUCCAACAAUUCCCGGGAUAACGAGGCCUACUCGAUUUUCUCUCAUUCCAACACCAGUUACAAUUCAAUUAAUGACAGCUACGACCUGUUGGACCAAUUUUACCAGUCCAGCGAGUACGAGUGGAACCAGCUGUUUGAUCUGAUACCUGACUCGGUGGUGGACCCACUGGCCAGUCCAUACUCGUUCUACAGUCAAUUUGACUCCCACGGUCAGGCGCACGGCGCCCUUGCCCCUGGGCCUGCUACCAUGAGCGGCGGCAGCGGCGGCGGCAGCGGCACAGGUUCGGGUUUACCAAUAGGUCAUGCAGUCGCCGACCAUCAUUUCGGAUCUGUCGAUAACCUCUACAAUACCACUGGAGCAGUCCCAUACACCCCGUUGCACCGGUUCCACUCAGAGGCGCACUUGCCUCGCGUGGGAGGUAACCUUACCACCCGCUCGGCUUCCAUGCUGACACCCAUUAAUACAACUAUCAGUCAUCAUGCAACUCCCACCGCCAACGUUUCGGCUUCAUCAUUGACACCCAGUAAGCCCGAGACUUCCAUCCCUUGGGCCACAUUUCGCCAUAACCCUCCCAUGCCGCACGGGUUCUUCCCGUCACCACGCCGCAGAACCAUUCCUCAUGACGAAGAGGCACUUACGCCUACCACCGCCACCACAUCGGCUUCUACUGCCAACUCGGCUGCCACCUCACCGCUAGCCACUUCCUUGACCCCCACCCUCCACCAACACCCUUACUCCCAACACUCUCAUCCUCAUUCCCAGCACCCUCAUUCUCAAUAUUUGCAGCUGGGUGCGAAAAAACACACUCGCCGGCGCCUUCUCCCCAGAUCAAAAAAUGGGUGCUGGAUUUGUCGUAUCAAACACUUGAAGUGUAACGAGGCCCGGCCCACCUGCUCCUCGUGCUCCCGGUUUGGCAUUGCCUGUGACUACUCAUCCGAGAAGCCAUUGUACGUGCUGGACAAAACUCUUAGACGGGAAAAAUUGCUCGAAAUCACCACCAUUCGCAAGAGUAACCAAAAGUUGCGGUCCAAGACCUCCAAACGGCGCCUCAAAGAGUGAGCCCGGAGGCACGUGACUCUGCUUGCUUGCAUCGGCCCUUUUUUUGCAGGGCCUCUUCGCAUUGUUCAGUUCUUAUCUUUAUCGGUUCUAUUAAAGUUUGCCAAAUAUUGGCUGCGAAUUCGGUUUCGCUAGUUAGUUUAUUGAAUUGUUUUUGUUUUGUGAUGUAAUUACCAGACCAUUGGCCC